CAAACUCAACGCAGUGAUGAGGACUGCGGUGCUGCGAGGUCCCAAAAUAACUGUGCAGAGAUUCGCUUUCUAGACGAGAGCGCCGGAUUUUGGAUUCUGCAGACAUUUGAGAUACUUCCACAACACCAGCACACAAAACUUGAGCGGGUGUGAUCUGGCAGAAAGAUUGCCCAGGACAAAUACGACCAUGCGCUGAACAGUGGUCCCCAAAGUAAAUUUGUGAUGUGAGCGCUGGCUGCGCCAAAGUGGCGCGUUCACACACAAUGGAAGACCUUUCACGCGAGCCGUGGAGCUGGGCGCAGAAUGUUUCACGGAGCAACUCAAGUCGUGGAAAUGAAAUCAGUUCAGGGAACACCACUUUCAAUCCUCUGAAACGAAAUGAAGAGGUGGCCAAAGUGGAAGUCGCCGUGCUGGUCCUGGUGCUGCUGCUCGCUCUGGUCGGUAACCUCUGCGUGCUGUUGGCCAUCCGCACCAGCAAGCACAGCCAGUCUCGGAUGUACUACUUCAUGAAACACCUGAGCAUCGCCGACCUCGUCGUUGCGGUCUUUCAGGUCUUACCGCAACUCAUUUGGGACAUCACCUUCCGCUUCUACGGGCCGGAUUUGCUGUGCAGGCUGGUCAAAUACCUCCAGGUCGUGGGCAUGUUCGCAUCUACCUACAUGCUCGUCCUGAUGUCCGUCGACAGGUGCCUAGCGAUCUGCCAGCCACUCCGCUCGGCGCACAGGAGAAAGGACCGCUCCUGCGUGAUCGCCUCGUGGAUGCUUAGCCUGGUGUUCAGCACUCCUCAGGCAUGCAUCUUUUCUCUGAGGGAGGUCGGCGACGGAGUCUACGACUGCUGGGGGGACUUUGUACAGCCCUGGGGUGCCAAGGCAUACAUCACGUGGAUGAGUCUCAGCAUUUACAUUUUCCCGGUGGCAAUUCUCUGCAUCUGCUACGGCUUGAUAUGUUUUAAGAUAUGGAGGAAUUUCAACUUAAAAACCAGAAGGGAGCAACUCCCGGCUCUCAAUCCAAGGGCCCCCAACGGCGCUCAUCUGCUCUCUCGUGUGAGCAGCGUGAGGCUCAUUUCAAAAGCAAAGAUCCGCACAGUGAAAAUGACAUUUGUAGUGGUCCUUGCCUACAUGGUUUGCUGGACUCCCUUCUUCUUUGUCCAGAUGUGGUCUGCAUGGGAUCCUGCUGCACCAAGAGAAGACAUGGCCUUCAUCAUCGCCAUGUUGUUGGCCAGUCUCAACAGCUGUUGCAACCCCUGGAUCUACAUGUUCUUUGCCGGUCACCUGUUCCACGACCUGAUGCAGUGCUUCUUCUGCUGCUGUAGACAGCACCUGACGGACUCCUCCUGCAGCUGUGAUCGACAGGGCAGGCACAAGAGCAACUCCUCCACUUACGUCAUCAAGAACACCAGCAGCCAGCGGAGCCUCACACACACGUCCAGCACAGGGGGCCAGGACACUGAAAAGCCAGCUGAAAGCCGUGCAAGCUUCCUUUAGUCAAGUAAUCUGGCAAUCAUGCAAUUCCCAGUUUCAGGCAUUUAAUUAUCUGCAGCGGCUCUGCAGUGGCCAAUGCAACGUGUUGAUUUUCAGGGGUUUUAAACAGAGUUGAAUAGACAAUGUAAACCUCCUUUCCAGAAAAAAACCCUGUAACCUGUGAUAAAAGAGAGCAGAACAUGUAAACAUUUAUGACGUAAAGUGAGACUUCUUGGUCUUGGUUUUCCCAAAACAUAACUUUCCUUUGGGACUCCCUUGGCACCGGAGUCCUGAAAAUACAGUAUUUCUCCUAUAUUGUAGGUUUUAGAAUUUCAAGAUUUAUCAUCUGCUUUUCUAUAUAAACAACCAUCAGCAUUUUCAAAUUUGUUCGUAUACUUCUGUCUUUUAGUCUUUAAUCUUAAAGUCUUGCUCCAACAGCUGUUGUCUUGACUUAAAGACAAGUAAUUAUCACAAUAAUUACAUUCAUAUUGAAAGCAAAGCAAAACGCAUCAGCAUUUUAGGAUGUUGCAGCUCUGUGCAAAUGAGCACUUAUUCAUAUUACAUUUUAAAGCAGUAUCACUUUGUGCACAAGCAUUUUACAUUCAUAUUAUUCUAUCAUGUGAGUUGUUCAAUCAAAAUGUUCAUAUGCAUGAAUAACAUUAAGGUUAUUGAGAUAAUGUCCACCCUGGAGGUUUGACUUAAUGCAAAUAUCUCCAUUGUAACAACACAUCAAAAAUUCACCCGCAAAGCAAAAUCCUUAGGACUGCAUUUUACACCAAGGAGACUGGUUUCAGUAUGUUCUACAGACUUUUUUUUACCACAGAUCAAACAGUGUUUGU